UCGUUAGAGAGCUUGAUCUUGUUAUUAGGGUUUAUUGCUGAGUGUGUUGCAGAUUGCAGUGGUGGUAAGUGGAAGAAGAAAGCAUGAGUUUGAGUAGAAAGAGAGGUUACGAAUCUCCUCCUCUUUCAACCCCACACGCGGCGGCGGCGGUGUCUCCAAUUGCAAUGGCCAAUAAGCGACCCAACUUCACUUGUUACCUUGACAUUCCAAAACUCGAUGGGAAGGUGAAAUUCCUCUGCGAAAUCAUCUCUAACACUCCGUCUAUCACGGUGGAGAAUGCCCUCGAAGAUUCGGGUAUUCGGGUCACCCCGGAAGAGGUCGAAGAUGUGUUGAAGCUCUCAUACGGGUUUCCGGGUCAGGCCGUUAAGUUUUUCCGGUGGUCCGGUCGGAAGCUCAACGACAAUCACAGUCCCUAUUCAUGGAACCUCGUUGUUGAUUUGUUAGGUAAAAAUCGGUUCUUUGAUGCAAUGUGGGAUGCAAUUAAGUCAAUGAAGGCAAAAGGGUUGCUUUCAUUGGCCACCUUUGCCUCCGUUUUCAGUAGUUAUGUUUCCGCCGACCGUCCCGGCGAGGCGGUUAUGGCUUUCGAGGUGAUGGAGAAUUAUGGUUGUGUUAGGGAUGUUUUUGCUUUGAAUUCCCUCUUGAGUGCUAUAUGUAGGGAUGGUAGGACUGUUGAUGCUUGUGAUUAUUUGCAAAUUGCUAAGAAAGUUCUUAGGCCGGAUUCGGAUACUUAUGCUAUUUUGAUGGAAGGGUGGGAGGGUGAAGGGAAUGUUGUUGGUGCUAAAGAGACUUUUGCUGAGAUGGUGUUUGAGAUUGGUUGGGACCCUGCCAAUGUGCCUGCCUAUGAGUCAUUUUUGUGUACUUUGAUUAAGGGACCUGAUGGUUUGCUUGAAGCCAUUAAGUUCUUCGAUUCCAUGAGGGACCGGAGAUGUUACCCGGGGAUGCGGUUUUUAAAGGUUGCAUUGGAUGAGUGUGUCAAGUAUCAUGAUAUCCGCACGGCUGAGUUCUUUUGGGAGGUGAUGGCGGGGAGAGCUGGCUUGAAACCCACCACACCGAUGUACAAUUCCAUGAUUGCUUUGUAUUGCUAUCACAAUAACUCUGGUACCGCCAGAAGGAUGCUGGAUGAGAUGGUUUACAAAGGGGCUUUUCCGGAUCGGCUAAGUUAUAACAUGUUGUUCCGUUUCUUGAUCAAGGGAAAGAAAUUGAGGGAGGCUUCAACGAUGUUCGCUGAGAUGAUAAAAAAUGAGUGUAUACCAGAUCAGCCUAAUUGUAAUGCAGCUGUUAGAAUUUACUUAGAUGGAGGGGAUCCUUACAUGGCGAUUAAAGUUUGGAGAUGCCUGGUGGAAAAUUACCAAGAGGAUUUAGAGGAUACGGCAAAUGUACUGGUUGUGGGACUUCGCAAUCUAAAUAGGACCCCGGAAGCGGUCAAGUAUGCUGAGGAUAUGAUUGGCAGAGGAAUCAAGUUAACCUCUUCCACAUUGUCAAAGCUGAGGCAAAGCCUUGUCAAAGAAGGAAAAGAAUUUGCGUAUGAAGAACUUUUGAAAAAGUGGAAAUCUCAUUAGUUCGCACUUAUUGGUCUGGGAUUCACCUACUUGAAGAUAUGAGUUAUACAGAGGAUUGAUUUUGUCAAAGAUUUUAUGGACCUGUAGCUUUUGUAAAUCAUUGACUGAUUGAUCCUGUUGAGGUGUCAAUUAUCGCCCUUCAAGUCCGACCGUAUAUGUUCAUGUUCAAUAGAAUUUAUUUAGACUUUGUUGUAAAGGUUUAUCAAAUAUAAAUUCUCCUUUUAAGUGUAUUUAGGCUUUACAUCUUGGCAACCCUCCUUGAAAACUUGAGUUAUACUUAAUAAAUUGACGGAGUUUUGUCAUUCUGUGACA